AUGGGGCGCCAGUGCUGUGGAAGUACUGGGCAUGCUCAGGGAGUGUGCAAAGUUGGAGCCGGAGGACUUAAGGAGUUCCGAAUGGGUCAGUGGUGGACACUUGAAAAGGUAUGGCGUAGUCUGGAAACAAGAAAGGACUUGUCCGCAAUGGAAGUCGUGAGUAAGUGUUCUCCAAACACGGAGUGUGGAAACAGAAUUUGGGGUUAUGUUUGCAGCUGUAAGACUGGCUAUGACGGAGAUGGAUACACCAACGGCACGGGAUGCACAAAAACUAAUAAAUGCGCAGGUUUCAGUUGCUUCAAAACUUUACCAAUAAUCACAGGGGUAUUUGGGACAGCAAUAGCUGUGCUACUCGUCGGUGGAGGUCUCUUCUGGAUUUUGAAGCUAAGAAAAUCCAAGCGCGACAAGAAAAAUAACUUCAAAAGGAACGGGGGGGAUCGUUUGGAAAAAUUAAUUUCAUUACGAGGAGUAGAAAGCGUGAAACACUUCUCUUUGAACGAGAUCGAGAAAGCCACAAAUAAAUUCUCUCAGAAUUUGAUCCUGGGAUCUGGUGGCUACGGCACCGUUUACAAAGGCACUCUCACCAAUGGACUUCUUGUGGCUGUCAAGAGGUCAAAGCAAGUUGAUUCCAAACAAAUCGACCAGUUUAUCAAUGAAGUUUGUAUUUUGAGCCAAAUUAAUCACAGAAAUGUGGUAGAGUUACUCGGCUGCUGCUUGGAAACCUCGGUUCCUCUGUUGGUUUAUGAAUACAUUUCUAAUGGAACAUUGUUCGAUCAUCUGCACGGCAACAAGCAAAAGCGGCAGCAAAUUCCAUGGGAGAAGCGACUGUGCAUAGCCAUUGAGACUGCAGAAGCUUUGUCAUACUUGCACUCUGCAGCGUCAAUACCCAUUGUCCACAGAGAUGUCAAAUCUUCAAACAUUUUACUGGAUAAUGAUUGUAAUCCAAAAGUUGCAGACUUCGGAAUGUCUCGUCUAGUGCCGAUGGGACAAACGCAUAUCACUACAGUUGUGCAGGGAACUCUGGGUUAUUUGGAUCCUGAGUACGUUCAGACAGUUCAGCUUACAGAGAAAAGUGAUGUGUACAGCUUUGGGGUUGUUCUGGCAGAGCUUUUGACGGGGCUGAGACCUGUUUCGUAUGAAAGGAUGGAUAACCACAGCAACUUGGCCAUAUAUUUCCUUUCCACUGUAAAUACGAUGGGUUUUGGGGAAAUCAUAGAUCCUCGUCUUGAUGUGAAAGAAGGUAAAAACAGGGAGUCGAUGAGAAGAGUGGCGGCGCUAGCGAAAGAAUGCCUUAGCGUUGAAGGGGAGAAGAGACCUUCGAUGAAAGAGGUGGUUCAGGAACUGCUUUGGAUUAAAGAAGGCGAAAGACUGCAUGUGUGGGUGAAUAAUGAUGCAGCCGGCAAUCCGGAAGAAGUGAUGGAGCUAAUAGUUGGUGAGGAAGAAAGAAGAGAGGGAAUUAGGGCCGCUUAUUCAAUAACAGAGCAGUGUAGUUCCUCAUUUAGCAUUGAAGGGCUCGGAAUUGGCAUGAGAUGGGGAAGAUAAGUUAUG